UGACUGAUGAUGAACACAGUUACAUUUUUAACUUGUUAUGGUCACGUUGCGCAGCUCCGGUGCGGUGGCCGCGAGAGGAGCUCAGAACGCGCGCCUUGCACACGGUGGUACCGCUGGAGGUGCUGCGGCCCUUAUUCCGGUAGGAGUCGAUUUUUGCCGGACGCCGAAGCCCACCGCAAGCCUAUCUGAGUAAUUUAUUAGAUCUAUUCAGCGCCAGUCUAUUUGAACGACAGUUCAUUACUCAGUCCUAAGGUCCUAACAGGCACAGUCCAUUCGAAAAACUUCAGUGUCCAAUGAGAGGACAGUUUUGGUGCAGUGGCUCCUCCUCCUUCUGCUUGCUCCACAUGUAACGCUACCAGCCUCUGUGUCUAAUGCAUUGUUUCAUUUGGAACGAAGUGUCCGCGCCUGUAACACGCACUUGACGCACGCAUCUGUGAUACACUUGAAACCAUCGACUGCGUCAGGUGGAAGCAGAGAACAUCCGUUUGAUGUCUUUCCAUUUCCCCUCACAGGGAUCAUUGAUUUCAGUUUGGUACUGCUCAGCGGUUUGACUCGAUGCUGUAACUGCAUGGUACAUUAGUCAUGGUGAGUCUUCGUUUUUCUUGCUUCUUCUACCACUGGGCUGUGGAGAUGAGACGGUCUCGGGCUCGUGCUGCCCUAUCAGCUACGGGAGCCUAGUCCCGCGGACAAUAAAGUGGUGCUCGUGGUCAGCGACUUUGAAUUGGAGGAUGGCGGGGCGCAGAGGCUGUGUGAACUCGUUGUGGUCAGGCACAGAGCGCGUCCGCAUCGGAGAGCGACUCAAAGCAACACUGGCGGGAGUCUUGGAGCUGGAGCUGCUCAGGUGCAAACAGCUGGAGCUCGUGGACGCUGCGCUGGACAGCAGUCGGAACCAAGAUCAGAGCUGCAUAACAUCUCUAAGGCAACAGUUUGUAUCUCCACCAGAUAUCACAGCAUUACCUGCCCAAAGCAGCCCAGGGGAGUCAGCAGAUGGGACAGUCCACACCGCAGCAGGCUGUGGGGGCCACACUCGCUGGUCUACUCUGUCUUGGGACACCUCCUCUGAUCUCCUCUCUCCCCCCACACCUGACCCCAUUAGCAUGGCCCACCUGGACAGUGACUCCAGACCUAGUUCAGGGUUUUACUCUGUGAGUGGCAGUUCUCUGUCAGACUCUUGUUACUCAGUGUCCAGUGAAGUGGCUCAUGGACAGGUACCAGCCAGACCCCAGAAGCUGUGGGACCAGUGCCCCCCACCUGAUAGUGCUGACAUCUUGUGGACAGAUGUGCAGACAGUGCAGCACACCGAAGCAGAGUGCAGCCUUGAACUAGCAGAAGUAACAAAUGAUCUGGAAGCAAGUGGUCUAAGCUUUCUGUCUGACCUCUGCUCAGGGUGCAGCAAUUCCAUAAUCCCUUCCCUCCUUCACCUGCUCUGUCCAUCAUCAUCCUCUGCUCUGAUUGACCUAAAAUCUCAACUAGACCCACGCUACUGUGCAGAUCUGGUGUCACGAAGGACCAAAGAGGUGUAUCCUUACCCCAGCCCACUGCAUGCUGUGGCUCUUCAAAGUCCUCUCUUCACAACACAGGAAAGUACUCAAGCCACUCCUAGUCCUGAAGCUCCCCAAUCUGAUGACUGCUCUCAACCCACCAGCAACAAUGAUCAUACUCUCCUUACUCAACCAGCCACUCCAACCCAGAUUUCCUUCACCCAGUUAGAGCAGUACAUCAAUCGUCUGGCCCGGCAAUACCACGCCCGUGUGUCUGCAUCCACCACUGAUCUGACUUCAUUUGGAUCUAUAUCACUUAGAGGUGUUUGCACAGGAAAAGGCCAUGGGUCCACUCAGUCUCUUUCAGCCUUUGAGAGUUUAAGCACACCAUGCGCUCUAGGGGGCAACAUCACGCCCUGCAAGUCACAGCUGGGAAACUCAGCCAGAGUGAGCUUAAUCACAACAGGAAAAAAAGCAACAAGAAAUUCCAUAAAUCUGGGUAAUUUACCCUCUGCCACUGGAGAGGAUUUGAGUAUAAACUUGCAUCUAAAUGUAAACUUGAACCUCAAUCCUGGUUUAAAUUCGAGCCGGAGUCUUGUGGACACCCCCAAAAGAGGAAGUUGUGGUGCACUGAAAAGUGAGUUUACCACUGCCUCUUCCUCAUCCCUGACCUCCACACCCACUCCAGCACUUAGACCACGCCCUCGGAUCUCCACCUGUCCGUCCAGCUUGAGCCAUCGCAGCUCUUUGGAGAUCGCGCCCUCAUUUGGGUCAAGUAAUUUUUGUCGAUCAUUGGACUUUAGCGGUAGUGCACCGGAGCACAUGUCAGUGCAUGGGUCCAAUUCAGGAUCAGCUCCUGUCUCUCAGCGAAACAGCUUUAAUCAAGAGUCCAGCCCAAACUUCCCCAUGGUGGAGGAGAUUUCCCGCCUCUCUGGCCUGUCCAAAGAUAUUGUAGUGGGACUGAUGGAGCAAGGGGUGGAGUUGGAUAUAGAUUGCUUUGAUGGGGAGACACCAGGAGACAUGAGGGGCCAUGGUAAAGGCCACCUGGACCAGUCUCAUGAGUACACAAGAGAAAUGGGUGCACAGAGACCAAUUCAGUUGUCUCUAAGUGUCACGCAUUCGCCUCAGUCUCAAAGCAGCCUCACCCCUCCUCUUUCACACACCAGCAGCCCUAUACAUCCUUACCAAUCCAAUUACAUGCCCGUUCCACACCACCCCCAUUACUACCCACAUGACCUCCCAUCAUCCACUGCUUCUUCUCCUGCCUCUCGUCCAACCCCAAGGGCCAGAUCACCUCCGCAUCCUCUGCAACCCUCUCCUAUGGGUGCCACUCCUCUGUCUGUGUUUCGCAGAGAUGCCCCAUUUCAGUGUUCCCUUCCCCGCACAAACACAAGGAGUUCUGCAGUGGAUCAAUGUGGCAUCCCACUCCGAGGAGGAUCUCUUCGGCAGAGUGGAGGAGGGGGAUGGAAAAGAAGUGAGACACAGGGACUGUACAGAGGGAAGCAUGCCUCACACAAACUCAUCAGAGCAGCCACUGUCAGCAGCUACGCUAAAAGAGAAGACUACGGCUCAGUUUGGGCUGAAGACAAAGUUGUUGAAAGAGGUGUUCCAAUGCCCAAAAAGAACUCUACAAAACUGUGGAGUCGAUUUGAAGGACGUCUCUUUGGAAAGGACCCAGAAAGUGAACAGGAGGAGAUAGACAGAGCGGAGUAUGGCUUUGGAUGGAGGAGGAACACCAGUGGAAGCUAUAGAAGGGAACAAGAUAAGGAUUUAUUUUGGAUGAAUGAACCCAAAGGGGAGUACUCGCCCAUGUUCUCAAAAAGAAGGGGGAGAGAGGACGGAGAAAGGCGCAGCUCCAGUCUCAGGAUUUCCAGAAGAGCUCUGUUCAGGAGUGAGUCCCAAGGUCUGCUUGUGUCCCGUCACCACGAGGAGCCUGUGAAGCGUGCUCUUUGGGUCUCUUCAUUAGAUGUGGGACAGGGGUCAAUGAGGAAGGACGAAGGGGUGAGACUGCUACGAAAGAGGGAGGACAAGGGCCUGUCCUCAACUGCCAGCCUCUUUAACCUGUCUCACUCGGAGAGUAUUGAAGGUAGCUGUCAAUCCAUGUCCCCUCUGUCCUCUCCAUCAUUCUCUCCAUCCCCACCCAGGAGGACACUACAACGCUCACGUUCACUACGAGAUUUGGGGAAGAAAGUUUUUGGCUCCAUGAGGUCCCUGAGUCUUAAGAGGAAACCAUCUAAGAAGUAACUUUUGUCAUAUAAAUUGUGUAGUUUUAAUACAUAUUAAAAAUACAAAAUAGUAACAUAAGCGGCCCCAUUAAAAAUCUCCUUAAUGUUUGCUUCUACAACAGACAUACUGCCUCAAAAUAUUACCAAAGUAACUGAACAAGAGUAGUGUUUAAUAUCCUUAAAGAUGCAUUACGUAACUUUUCUGAUGGUGCUUCACCUGCUUGUCUCCAUGGAUUCCUAGAAUGUUUGGCAGCAUAGCACUGAACUUCUCUAUUGGACACUACCAAGCCAACUACAGGCCAGACCUGUAGAGGCAACCCCCCUUCACAGUAAGAAUGCUUUUUUUUUUGACAGGUUAGUGCCAUACUAUGGGACAGUAACAUCCUCAAGGAGAUGAGCAGGAGGUAGGCCCUAGGAAAGUUGCAUAAUGCAAUAAUAGUGUAUGUAAAUUCAUUAUUAACUAUUACAAAAACAUAAUUGUACUUGAUAAUUAAAUUGUGGCACAUAUUCACUGUAAACAUAGUUAAGAGUAACAGUGAAUCACAACUUCAUUAGUAAACCAUUGGUAUGAAAGUGACUGUAAACACACAUUGUGCAUGCUCUUGAUGGUUUCUUCUACACAGCAGUUCGAAUGAAAAUGUAAUUUCUUUUGUAAUGGCAAUACUGCCUCUGGAGUACAAUCAUGUUUGGCCAGACAAUUACCAAACCAAGCAAAUACUCUUUAAUUUUAUAUUCAACUCAGGACUUAAAAUAAAUGUAAUGAUGAGAUGUUGUAUCAUGACUAAUAAAUACAAUG